AUGUCGACGUCAAAUUUGCUCAAGACCGUGCAGCGAUUUAUGCAAAUUUUGAAUGAUGAAUAUCAUCAGCUUGAGGAUAAUACAAGCACCAACGUGGAGAUUGAGGUAAGCAAAGGAUUUCGAUGGUUCGAAAUCAAAAAGGACUCGGCUUGCAUAUGGUUUGUACAGUUUUCAUGAAAGAAGCUUCUUUUAUUUCGCAAUAAAAUUUUUCGGUUCUAAGUAGUCAUACGAUGCGUUCUGUCUGCAUUAA